AUGACGGCGCUGUUGGUCCCCCGCGAAGCCUCAUUUUCCCCGGAUCCUCGCCGGUGUCCCACCGUGCAGCGAUAUUUCCUGGAACUGGAUAGCAAAUCACCCAUGCACGAUGCGUAUCGGAGGGAUUCUCCCCCUUCCACUCUAUCCGCUCCUCCUUCUCCGACUUUCAUGCCUGUCUCGCAGCCACUCGCCUACCCCUUAAAUAGUGUGCCUGAUGAACUGGUCCUCCCUGCUUACGAAUCUGAACCUAUGCACCAUGCUCUAGAAGGAGAUGAGAGUGACGCCUCGACGGAUUCACAUCCCACCCGGGCGGUCGCCCCUGCCGUCGAUGACACUUCAAUCGAGGAUGAACCGUCAAGGCAUGUGGACUACCUGUCGCAUGACUGGAAAGAGGAAGACAUUUGGUCCUCGUGGCGCUAUGUGACGAGUCGGAGGAACGACUACAGUAAUGGAGUACGGUUGGAGAAUGCCUCGUGGCGGACAUGGGCCAAAGCCAAGCACAAUCUGAGGACCGUCUCGCCAGAAAGCCUGAAUUGGCUAAAAGAUUGCGAUGUCACCUGGCUUUACGGCCCAUUGAAAAGUUCGGGCGAACGUGCAACCCCUUCUCCUCCUCCUAGUCGCCUGGACACCCCGAACUCUUACCUAGAUCGGAAACCGAUUCUCAAGAAAAAGACUGCCUCGGAGGCUAUCCUCCAGCGGUCCCUCUCCCAACAUACGUUACUUCAGCACGCCGGGGCCAUUCUCAAGGCCCAAGAAGCCGAGAAUGGCUGGGCUCGUCCUCCCUUCCCAAGAUCCAAUACGGAUUUGGACCAACUACAUCACCGGACCGGCAGCUCAACUUACUCCUUGGGCGGCACUCUCACCACCUCGUCCUCAUCUGGCAUGGCAUCUCCGAUUGAACGCCGUCAUAUCCACUUCAACAAUGAAGUCGUGCAAUGCAUUGCGGUUGAAGCCAAGGGCUUCGAUGAAUGGCCCGCGACCUUUGCAGAUGAUUCAUCUGAUGAUGGCGUGGUCAUGAUGAGGCAGAUCUCCGAUCGAUCCCCCAGCACUCGCAGCACCCCUCGCAACAGCUUCAGCGAGGGUAAAACCAUCGCUCCCCUCCCUUCUACCACACUCAAAUACCGAGGCGAUCCCCCCGAGCCUCGUCCUCCAACAAUACUGGGUCGUUGGUCCACCCCGAAUCCGACUGCGAACGCUUCCAAAUUAUCCCCCUCUCCCUCUGUAGAAACUCUGCGGCCCGAACCUUCGGCCAACUUCCUUUUGGAUGACGAUGAAGAUCCCGAUCUCGACUACACAGGCAAUUACCCGGAUCGUGAUCGGCCUUGGUUUGUCGAGGAUGAUCCUACCUCAGCCCGUCCGUUGCGGCUGACUGCCUCGGGCAUGUUCAUGCCCGAAGGAGAAAAUGAAAGCCCCAGCUCCAGCAUCUUGGAUCGCGUCGUGGACACCGUGAACACGGCACGAGACAUAGCUCAUGUGAUCUGGAACGUGGGCUGGCGACGAUAA